AUGAGCGCGCCUCAGGCGAACGAUGCUGAGAAGAACAUUGAGAUCUGGAAGGUGAAGAAGUUGAUCAAGCGUCUGGAAUCGGCUCGUGGCAAUGGAACCUCCAUGAUCUCUCUCAUCAUUCCGCCGAAGGAUCAGGUUUCUCGCGCGGCCAAGAUGUUGGCUGAAGAAUACGGUACCGCCUCGAACAUCAAGUCCCGAGUCAAUCGACUCUCCGUCCUGUCGGCCAUUACCUCCACGCAGCAGCGUCUCAAGCUGUACAACAAGGUGCCUCCGAAUGGCUUGGUCGUCUAUUGUGGUGAAAUCAUCACUUCGGAAGGAAAGGAGCGAAAGAUUAACAUCGACUUCGAGCCCUUCAAGCCGAUCAACACUUCGCUGUAUCUGUGUGACAACAAGUUCCACACCGAGGCCCUGAGCGAGCUGCUCGAGUCCGACCAAAAGUUCGGCUUCAUUAUCAUGGACGGUAACGGUGCGCUAUUCGGUACUCUCAGUGGUAACACGCGGGAAAUCCUGCAGCGUCUCCAGGUCGACUUGCCUAAGAAACAUGGCCGUGGUGGUCAAUCCGCGCUGCGUUUCUCCCGUCUCCGUGAGGAAAAACGCCACAACUACGUGCGCAAGAUCGCCGAACUGGCUGUGCAGAACUACAUCACCAACGACAAGGUGAACGUGGCUGGUCUGGUCUUGGCUGGUUCCGCCGAUUUCAAGAACGAUCUCAACCAGUCCGACAUGUUCGAUGGCCGUCUGCAGUCCAAGGUCAUCAAGGUGGUGGACGUUUCAUACGGUGGCGAGAACGGAUUCAACCAGGCCAUCGAGCUUGCGGGAGAGACUCUGAGCAACGUCAAGUUCGUUCAGGAGAAGAAGCUGAUCGGCAAGUACUUCGAGGAGAUCAGUCAGGACACCGGCAAGAUUUGCUACGGUGUUGAAGACACGCUCAAGGCGAUGGAGCUUGGCGCCGCGGAGAUUCUGAUCGUGUACGAGAACCUGGAUGUCACCCGCUGGGUCAUGAAGAAUGCGGCCGGUUCCGAGGUGAUCCUGCACACCACCAAGGCCCAGGAGGCCACUCGUGAUCUCUUUAUCGACAAGGACACGGGCACUGAGAUGGAGGUGAUCGAUUCAAGCUCUUUCCUAGAGUGGCUGGCCGAGUCAUACAAGGACUUUGGUGCUGCUCUGGAGUUCGUCUCGGACCGAUCCGGCGAAGGUAACCAGUUCGUCAAGGGAUUCGGUGGAAUCGGUGCACUUCUCCGGUACAAGGUCAACUUUGAACAACUGGCUGAUUACUCUGAUGAUGAUGAGUUCUACGACGAGAGCGAGGAUGAAAGGCCAGAAGUUCCCCCGGCGGGUCUUCUGACGGCUCGCCCGGAUCAGCACGGCGGCUCUCGUUGUGGAACUACAGUAUCCGUUAUGGAUCGUCCGAAAAGACUUGUUCCAAGCUCCGUGACGCUGCUCAGAGGGCCAUCCACGCUCCAUAUGCAGCACGCUGAGAUAACCUCGGUGUUUUAA